AUGGGAUUGGUUGGGUGGGGCGGUGAAGCCAUGGAAGCUAUGGAAGAGGAGCACGCAUCUACUCCGCCGUUUGGAAACCCCGCCACGCCGACGUCUUUGCCUCCGCCUCCAACGAUUGCACUCCGCAUCUGGGACGUGCGCAAGCCCGGCUCCACCAUGAUCAUCCCCGCCCACAAGUUCGAGAUCCUCACCUGCGACUGGAACAAGUACGACGAUUGCUGCAUCGUGACGGCCUCCGUGGACAAGAUCAUCAAGGUCUGGGAUGUUAGGAGCUACAGGGUCCCCAUCUCGGUAUUGAGUGGCCACGGCUACGCGGUCAGGAAGGUCAGGUUCUCGCUUCACCGACAGGGCCUCAUGGUUUCGUGCUCCUACGACAUGACGGUGUGCUUGUGGGACUAUAUGCUGGAGGAUGCCCUCAUGGGUCGGUACGAUCACCACAUGGAGUUCGCGGUCGGGGUUGAUAUGAGCGUUCUUGUCGAGGGGUUGCUCGCGAGCACCGGCUGGGACGAGCUUGUCUAUGUUUGGUAG